GGCGAAAUCAAAACAUGAAUAAUCAGAGAUCUUCCCACAACGCUCCCUUCAUCUUUCUUUCCUAGGAGACGUGAUUCGUUCAUUUGCCCUUUGGGAGUCGUUUUUGCAGUGCUGUCAAAAUGCACGGGAGGCUGAAGGUCAAGACGACGGAAGAGCAGGCAGAAGCCAAACGCCUGGAGCGGGAGAAGAAGCUGCACCAUUAUGUGACGGCCACCAAAGCCAUCUUUGAAAAGAGGAAAUUGGGGCAGCUGGACAAAGAAGCCCUGGAGCUGACCAGCCAGAUCUUGAGCGUCAACCCAGACUUUGCCACCCUCUGGAACUUCCGGCGGGACACUUUCCUCCACCUGCAAGAGGAGACCCCGGAAGAGAUGCAGGCCCUCUGCAAGGCAGAGCUUUCCUUCCUGGAGUCCUGCCUGCGUGUCAACCCCAAAUCCUACGGCACGUGGCACCACCGCUGCUGGGUGAUGGAGCACAUCCCGGAGCCGGACUGGGCCCGCGAGCUGGAGCUGUGCAACAAGUUCCUGGAGAGCGACGAACGCAACUUUCACUGCUGGGAUUACCGGCGCUUUGUGGUGCAGCGCUCCCUGGUCCCUCCCGAAGACGAACUGGCUUUCAGCGACAACCUCAUCAGCCGGAACUUCUCCAACUACUCCUCCUGGCAUUACCGCAGCCGCCUCCUGCCGGAGCUGCACCCGGAUCCUCACCAGCAAGGCCGGAUCACGGAGGAAGUCCUUCUCAAAGAGCUGGAGCUGGUGCAGAACGCCUUCUUUACUGACCCCAAUGACCAGAGCGCCUGGUUCUAUCACCGCUGGCUGCUGGGCCGAGCUGACCCAGAGCCAACCAUCCGCUGUCUCUACGUGAACAGAGAGGACGCCUCAUUGGUGGUGGCCUUCUCCCAUCCCGUGGCAGUGGCUCCAGCUUCACAUGACCUGGUUGUUUUCGGAGACGAAUCCCCGCUGGUGGUUCGGUGGCGCACACCAGAUUGCCGAAACAAGCCUGGACUUAUGUGGCUGUGCGACUUGCCCUCCACAGCCCUCAACGACCACUGGCCGCAGCAUACCUUCCGUGUCCUCUGGGCUGAGGGCCAGUCCCAGAAGGAAUGCGUCCUUUUCAAAGGGCACAAGGACUGUUGGAGCCAAGACUCAGUCACGGAGGAACAGGUCUUCAGGUGUGAGCUGUCGGUGGAGAAGACAACAGUGCUCCAGUCGGAAUUGGAAUCCUGCAAAGAACUGCAGGCCCUGGAACCUGAGAACAAGUGGUGUCUCCUGACGAUCAUCCUCCUCAUGAGAGCCUUGGACCCUCUGGUGUACGAGCGCGAGACCCUCAGCUAUUUCAAGACCCUGAAGGCUGCUGACCCCAUGCGCUCAGCCUACCUGGACGACCUGCGCAGCAAGUUCCUGAUCGAGAACAGCAUCCUCAAGAUGGAAUACGCCGAGGCCCGUGUGGUGGAUUUGUCCCAGAGGGACCUCACCAGCCUUUGCCACUUGGAGCACCUCUUACUGGUCACCCACAUGAACCUGUCAGACAACUUCCUCUGCUCCUUGCCCUCCUCCCUGGCCAUGAUGUGCUGCCUUGAGGUCCUGGAAGCCGACGCGAACCGGAUCGAGACCCUCGAAGGCCUGCCCCCACUUCCUCGCCUAGAGGAGCUCUCCCUCUGCAACAACCGCAUCCGGCGACCCUCUGACCUCCGACCUCUGGCCUCCUUCCCAAAGCUGGCCCAUCUCAACCUGCGGGGCAACCCCCUCUGCCAAAUCCCGGGUGUCCAAUCAGAGCUUGCUACGCUACUGCCCAAUGUGGCAACCGUCCUCACCUGAUUGGCUGGGGGAGGCCCCCUUCAAGGCCACCCCUCUCCCUGCAACACCCCGACUCCUUUAAUUUAUUGGAAUGAGGAAAUAAAAAACAGCCGAGAGGAGA